AUGUUGGCAAUAGCACCAUCUUUCAGGUACUUGUUCGCAGAAAAUGGUACCUAUGGAGGAGUAACAGUGAACGUCGAAAAAGGGGAUGAAAGCGAAGGAUUUGUUGUUCGCGAAUUCGCUAUAAAUAAAACAAAACUGAAGGCGUACUGUAUCAUGGGAUGGAAUGCUGAUGCGGAACCGCCAAGAGGAUUUCUAGCUAUCCACGACAAGAUUCGAAGCGCCAUCGGCACUGAAUGCAAGAACCCUGUGAUGUUGAUUUGCAAGGACGGCUGUUCUCGAUCUGGGCUGUUCUGUCUGUUAGAUAUCGAGGCUGAGCGGGUUCACUCCAAAGGAAGAAUCAAAUUCGCGGAAUCUGUCAAACAUAUACGGUACGAUGCUUUCCGAUUUGAACUGUACCGUGUUCGUGUGGUGGCCAUCAAGGGGACUGCGCCUCGAAAAGGCGUGGUGGAGAUGUGA